CUGACGUUGGUGUUAGUGCCUUCGCGCACCUCCUCAUCGUCGCAGUUCUUCGUACGUAGCACGUGAAAUUAAUGAAAGUUGAAUAUUGGACUCCUUCAUUUAUAGUCAAAAAAGCAAGAAAUUAGCCCGACUAAUCCUUAAUCAAGUCAAAAAAGGGUCUUCUGUUGCGCUCGCAAAAGAAGAAACCAACUGCUGAACCAUUUUCGUUGCGUUUAGAUUCAAAGCAUCCGUGAAGCCUUUUCAACGAGUGGUCAGAAAAGUGAGUAAAGCCGAAGAAAAAGGUGUUGCGAAAGGAUUCUCUUGUCAUUGUCAAAAAAGGCCGUCAUUUCAGGUCAGGAAACAAGACUGGAAAAAUAGCCAAAACUGCGAGAAAAUUGUUAGAAAAGACUGUUGCUCACAAUACGUGUAAUAAUUUAGUGAAAAUAAUCAGGGAUUCGACCAAAUAAUCUGCAUCAGAAAUUGCCCAGAACCGGAUUCCUUCACCAUCUAGCAAAGUGUGGAAUCUGGCCUUCGCAACAGCAGCGAUUGUCAACGUAGCAGCAGCAGUCAUUGAUUUUUUUCUGCAUAAUCCAGCUAGAAAAACUAGUUCUCAUCAAACACAAGGACCUGCCACUUAUGCAAACUGUUACUGCCACAAAAAGGAACACUACUAACACUCCACUAUUGAAAUUGAUCAUAAAAUUACGGAGUGGAUCAAUUUAUGAUGUACUAGAAGUAAAAACAAUUGUCCUUCCAAGUGAAAUUAUUAAGACAGAGGAGAACGAAUUUUAUUAUUUUUUAGUUUAAUUUAUAUGAAAAAUUUCAGUGCGAAUAACAUCAAGAAACCCAUUCUAGUUAAAAUUGAUUGUGAGACAUAACGAUAAAAAUCAAGACAUAAAUUAGUGGCAAAAAUCGCCAAAAGCACACGUUUUAGGCAUAAGAAUGGCCGAUACGUCCGAACCAGUGGUUGCUGAUCAGCAGCACCAGCAACCGGAGGAAGAUAAUAAUAAUCUGGUCGCGACGGUAGCGAAGCUAAGCAUCAACGGCACAGCAGCUCACGAUACGCAUAACAAUAGCAGCGAAGAACACGAAGAUAAUAAUAAUCUUGUAUCCAGCACCAUCAACAACAACGUCGACAAUAGUCAUGCAUCGAUAGGAAAGCGUAUUCGACGAACUUCUGAGAAACUGCUAGGGGAGGACACUGGAGUUCGUAAGAAAUAUUCUUUGGAUCAGCUGCUUUCAUUAAAAGACACCACGAUCAGUAGAGAGAAACCAUCAACGAUACCGGAUGUUUGUAGGUCUAUUUUGAAGUCGUCACAUAAUCCAAUGAUGUCUGCGAGUAGGAAUUUUGGAAGCCAGGAUAACUCACUGUUACCAACAUUCAUGAGAGGCAUGGAUGUCGGAGGUGGCAUGAUGAAUAGUCGGCCAGGCCCAAUGAAAAGAGCGCCAUAUCAAGGUCGGUUAUCGGCCAAAGAGAUGAGAUCCGGCGGAGCAGAUGAUGUGGACAGUGGAAUCAUUAAGGUCAAUUUGAAUAUCACCGAAGAGGUAAAAUUGCGUGAAUCGGCUAACGCGUGGAGACCACGGUUCUUGCAGAAGCAGGAAGAUUUAGACGAAGAUACAAAGAAAACUCAAGAACUCUUCAAAAAAUUCCGUAGUGUUCUGAACAAACUAACGCCGGAUAAUUUCAACGUUUUGGUUGAACAAGUCAAGCAGUACGAAAUCGACACUGAAGAACGGUUAGACGGAUGCAUCAAGAUUCUGUUCGAGAAGGCCAUCAUGGAACCCAACUUCACGGACACGUAUGCCCAAAUGUGUAAGGAGUUGGGAACCAUAAUCAAAAUCGAAACCAGCGAUAAUAAACAACCGAACUUCAAGCGAAAAUUGAUUACUCAGUGUCAGAAAGAAUUCGUAAAACAUCACACAGAUAAGGAGCAGAAUACGAGCGAGCUGGAGGAAUCUAAAAAGAAAGCUGCCGAAGACGAGGACAAAUCGGAUGAGCUCAAUGAACUGCAAUACGAACUGGAAGAGAAGGAUGCCAAGAUCAGAAGGCGAGCCAUGGGUACCAUUCGAUUCAUCGGAGAGCUCUUCAAGCACGAACAACUUACAUGCAAAAUUAUGUACACAUGCAUCAACAUCCUACUGAGUGAGGAAAUGUUGGACGAAGAAUCCCUGGAGUGCCUCUGCAAGCUGUUGACCACGAUAGGUGGUCGAAUGGAGAAGGACCCGGUACAAGACUCCCAAGGACUGCAAUACUGUUUCGAACGCCUACAGGAAAUAGCUGACAGAAAGACCACUUUACAAGUGAGCAACCGUAUUCGCUUCAUGAUUCUAGAUCUUGUCGAUUUGCGGAAAAACAACUGGCAGCCGCGCCGGGCUCAGGCCGCUCCAAAAACCAUGGACGAAAUUCAAAAAGAGGUGGAAACUGAGGAAAACAAAAACCGUAUUUUGAACUUUGUCCUAUCGGGAAGUGGCGGCCGCGGUGGCGGGGGCGGCGGUGGUCAAAACCGCCAGGAUGGCGACCGAUAUCGCGGUGAUGGUGGCAGUGCAUCCAAGAACAAGCAGCGCUUCGUUGACGACGAUGGGUUCGUGCAGCCAAUGUCGAAAAACACUUCCCGUCAACAGUUGCCGAUGUUCGAUCCGAAGAAGCUCAACCUGACGCAAAAAUCUCCUGAGGUAACCCGUCUGGGUUCGGCCUCGAUGUUCCAAGGAUGGGGUAAGAACAAUGCAUUCGCCACACUAAAUGACGACCAACAGCAGCAGCAGCAACAGCAGAGUUCGCCAGCAAGUGGCCCGCCGAGCUUUUUUGGUUCGGGUGGUCUCGGUGCUGGUAGCAGCAGUGGGCAUUCGUCCGGAGGAGGCGGUGGCAGUAAAGGUGGUGGCGGCGGAGGCGGAGCCUACGGUGGAGGGAACAAAAAAUCCGGAGGUGGCGGAGUUGGUGGCAAAAAACAACUGUACCAUGGAAGAAACAGCAGUCGCUUCUGAUGAUAGGUUCAGGGUUUGAAUGACAGUAAUUUUCAGAUUUAGUCGUUUAUUUUCUAAUUUUUGCACAUUGUUGUUAGAUCCAGUUUUGAAACGAAGAACACUGAAUUAGGAUAAUGAUCAAAUACUAUACACGUGUCCACUGAGAAAAUUCUAGCUAUCAAUCAUCCAAAUUUUAGGACAGAUUGGGAACGAAUCGCCUAUCGCAGUUGAGCAGGAUGCGAUUCAGUUGAGCUGAUCGACAAUUUAUUACCUUAGUGUUAAGGGUGCAGCAACAUUUUUUAUAUAUAGAAAUUGAUUAUAUUUUUGUUAACAGGUUCUGCUUUUGUUUUCAAGGUUAUAGCUUUUAGAAAAAUUAUUUCAAUAAUCAAAACAGCCGCAAUUUUUCUGUACAUUUAAUUCAAAAAUUGCACAUGAUAUCAAAAUCACGAGUAUGUUGGAACUUACAUAACUACGUCGAAUUUGAACGCAAACAGGCAAUCGAUUUACCAAAACGUUCAAGUUGUAAGUAAAAUUUGACAGUUUGAUGGUUUAUUUAUUACCUACUUAAAAGCUGGCCUUUUUGAGUUUUAAUAUAUAGAAUUAGAAUGUUUUGGACAAAAUUAUUUUGCCUUUUUUCAUCGUUUCACAGCCUAGCAUUAGACCAGCAAAAAUGCUCUGCAUAUAAACGAGAAGUAGAAAAAAGAACUUCCACCUAAAGCCGGACUGCUUUGUAGUCACGCAUCUUACUGCUAGUUACAGAAAGACCCGAAAAUAAAAUAUCAAACUGUCAAAUUUCAUCCGAAAGUUGAACGAACCGCUGAAUUUGUUCCCAGCCUAUUAACAUAUUCAAACAACGAGUUAUAUCACAUGAUAAAGAAUAACUUGAUGACAUAAUUCACAAUUUUUAUUCUCACAGGAAAUAAAAAAAUAUACAUAAUGCGUUUUAUAUGUGAAUAUCAUACGAUAUAGCUCAAAGUCUGAAUAACCCAAUAAUAGGCUGUAAUAUAAGCUGCAACACGUGAUAAGAUGUAUCUUGAUAUCAAAAUGUACACAUCUAAUUCUUACUGGGCAUAAUGUAAAUGACAUUUUAUAUCAAGAUACUCUAUAUCAUAUCAAAAAGACCAUAGUCUGACUGAAUACACUACAUGAAGAGAAAUAGGAAGAGUUAAAUAUCUUUCAAUUUGGGUAUAUUAUACUGGCCGAGGAAACAAAAAUUGUCGCAUUCUACGGGGCACUCUCCAGGAUUUUGCAUUUGGAUGAGAAAAUCAUUCUCAGAAUAUUUCAGCUCAAUCGGCGCAUUUGACUUGAAGUUUAUUUGGAAGUUUCAGCCAAAAUAUAUGUAGGAAAAUACACCUCCAAUACUCUUUCUUCCAGGAAAAUGAUUUCAAUAGCCCGCACAAUGUCACAGAACUUUCUAUUAUAAUUAAAUAAAGCUAUAAUCAGAUUUGACCUGAUUUGGAAUUGGGUUGUGCGGUUUGGAUCAAUUUACUGCAAUAAGGAACAUGUGCAUGUAAUCAAAGGCAACUGCGAUAUGUGUUGUGGCGCGCGUGCAUUUGUUUGAGCGCGCCCGAAAUGACACGUCGCAGACAGCUCUGAACACACGCGUAUGUUUUUCAAAAGAAUUGAGGAAUUCCAAAGCGCACAACUCAACUCCAUAUAAAUCAAUCAUAGUAAAAUGUUCUGUGAAAUUGGGCUCAAUCGAAAUUUUUUGUCCAGUUUCCUGGAAGAAAGGGUAACAGAGAGGUGUUUUCUUAUAUACGUCGGCAGCAAACUCCAAAUAAAUUUCAAGUCAAAUGCGCGAGCUAAUGCAACAUCCGUUUGAUUUUCUUACCCAACGAAAAAAAUCCUGGGAAGUGCCUCGACAAUUAUUUCCCGAUACUAGGCCAGUCUAAUAUGUAUUUUUCAUAAAAUCUUUGUUGAAAUGUAUUCUAACUCUACGAAACUCUUAUACACAUACUAUGGUAUAAAUUAGUGCAAAAAUACCAUCGAUAAUGGUGAGGUAAACCCCGUGACGUUAAGUCAUCCUAACAACAACGUUAUCCGACAACAUUAUUUAAACCGUUUGCAUUGCAUUCACCAGAACUCGAGGUAGUGUAAUUUAUUGUGCUUCACUAAAACGACACAUAAAACAGCCAAUAUUACUAACUAAAGUUCCUUUUGCAAUAUUCAGUUCGUGGUGCGAGAGAGCAGAAAGUUCACUGCAUAUUCCAUAAGAUACUCCGCCAGAUUGCGCCAGCGAAGAGAAGAUAGGCCAGAAAUAAAUGGAUCUUGGAAUUGAAGUGAAGACAAAAUUGGGCGUGAACAGAGAUUACAUAACAUGUGACACUUAAAAAUAAUAGUCAAACUAUACGUUUAAAAUAUCGUCAACAAAAAUAUAUCAAAUCAAGAAAAUAGUUCAUAGUUUAAGCUCCAAUUGCCUUUCAAACUUCCAAUUAAUUAGGAAUCUAAAAAGAUCAAGGAAGCGGAAGAGGAGUAGCCAUCAAACGAAUGCUGCUUCUAUACUGACGAUGACACAAAAAAGAUGUCUUCAAAUUCGUGAAAUAGGUACAUACCAAUUGAUUAUGAUUGAUUUGGGAAACAUUUGUUGUAAGUAUGUGGGAAAACGGAACAUUAUAUAUAGAGAGAACGAUAUUACAUGUAAGGCAAUCACACUCGGCAAAGAUGAAGCGUUAAUGCUCAAAACAUAGUAUGCAGUAACUAUUAGUCUAUAGUUGAAUGCAAGCGACACUGUCGUUUGUGGAAUGAUCGAUUCAUAGCAAAAAAUGAGUAAUAUUAAUAACAAAGUGAAUAUCUAGUUUUAAACCUAUACUAUAUACGACAGUCCAAGGGGGCAAAGGACCCCCUCUAUUGUAUAACGGUGAACUUACCAGGGAAAUCUUGUGUACUCUUAAAAAUCAUGCAUACAAAGUUGAAAAUGUAAACAGUUAAAAAGCAACAAAAAAAUCCGUUAUCCCAAAAACCCAA